AUGAUAACAAUUACAGUUCGGAAACAUCUUGCUAAAAAGUUGAGACCGGUGUUCGCUAUGUUACAUCGAUUGGAGGGUGUUCCAAAACCUUCCAAUAUUCCGAAACAAGGGGGAGAUCAACGAAAGAAGACUUCAGCAAAUCCAACAACUUCAGUCCAUCUAAGUAUUAAAAGUGAAUCUGAGCCUAAAGGCAGAGACAAGCUUUUUUUUGAAGAGCCAAUAGUUAAUAAAAACAAUGAAGAAGAACUCAAAAGGCGAAAGGCUUGUGAGUCUGAAUUGGAUGAAAAACAAAGGAUAGUGAGAGAGGCUGAAGCAAAGGAGAAAGCUGAAAGAGGAGCAAGGUCCACUCUUGAAAGUAGGAAACUCUUGUUUCCUGUUUGGACGAUAAAAAGAAUUCAAAGUCAAGCUAUUGAUUCACCGAAUCAGUAUUGGUUAGAACCGGUUGUGUCGUUCGAAAUCCAGAAUACUCAGGACUCACAACUGGAUCUUCCAUUUACAUCUAAAGCCUUCAAGUUUCAUUCUUUCAUCAAGGUUGCGAAUGUCCCCAUCUCUGAUAGUGGUGCUGAUCAACUUUUCUUACAACUUUAUCUUCAGCACAUGAGGCCGCAAUACAAGACUUGGAGUGCCAACAAGAUCAUGGCAGUGAAGGUCACUAGACCAAUCGAGACUGACAGUUUUCCAAAUGCCAAAUUCAAAUUUUUCAGAGGUUCUACUAGUCAAGUUCAUGAGUUCACUCUCGCGGACCUGCUAUGUAUCAAUCCUUACGACUGGAUAAUUCUCUACCACUUGUUAUUACGAGACACGAAGAAGUACGUGUUGGAUUAG